AUGGACAACUUUGGUCAGGUUCUAAGGGAGGUCCGGAAGCAAGUCGAUCUCUAUGCCGGUAAAGGCGAAACCAUCAGCAUAACAGUGGCCGGCCACAGCCUGGGCGCGGCUUUGGCAACGAUCAAUGCGCUGGACAUCGUGACCAAUGGCUACAACGCGCCCAUCGACCACCCCGAGAAUGCCUGUCUGGUGACGCGUUCCCCUUCGCCAGCCCCAAGAUGUUACCACGUCGGAGAACAGCUGCUGGUCGACUCGCGCAAGUCCCCGGACCUGAAGCCUCUCUACAAGGGUCCGACUGGCGCCGUGGCAAUCGGGCAUAUGUUGGAGACGUGCCUGCAUCUAAUCGCGGGCACACAAGGCAUCGAUAGUAACGAAUUCAAUAGGGAGCGUCGCGGGAUUGCGCUGCUGAACAAGGGAAUGGAUGCUCCGAAGGAUGGAAGCAAAAUUCCGGCUAAUUGGUUGGUGGCGAAGAACAAGAACAUGGUCCAGGAUGAGGUCACUGGAGACUGGAAAUUGGCCGAUCUGUACAUCCCACCUCCAGAAGAUAAUUAG